CUUGGUAAAAUAAGAUUGAAGUCAGAUUAUGCAUAUCUCAAUAGCGACGGGGUCGUGUAGCUAGUAUCCAUAUUCUAACAUUUCCCUCAUUCAAUAGUGAUUACAUACUUAUAUGUCUGGUCUUACCUUGAGUUUAGGAAGUUAAACUUUGUGUGAUUUGGAGUGAAAACAAAGUGUGUGUUGUUUUUUUUUUUUUUGGGGGGGGGGGGAUAUUCAAUCUUUAUUGUAGUACACGUCAGCUCUACUGAGUUUUGAGAUGUGAACGGGUUUUUAGAAACGACUUCAAGCUGGACUACUAUAAACCUAACCUAAAGACCAAAAACAUUCUUGAAGAUGCGAAGGAACUGUGUUUGUUUCACGAUGACAUUGGUCUGUAUUAUCUGCAUUGCUGCAGGCGACACGCUAUAUCAGGUCGACGAAGCGACAGACAAAGCCAUUCGGGAUUUUGUCAACGACGGCUCCGCCAACAUCGUUGUGACCACCGUCUACAGAAACAACAACAGCAAACUUUUGGAAGCGUACAUGAAUAAAAGGAACCAGGUUCAAAGAGAGGCCACGAAUGACAUCAGCAGUUUCAACAUCUCGGAGCCAAAGACCGUCGCAAGACUUCCUCCCAUGCUGAGCAGCAAUGUAAACAAGAGUCUGAAUGAGUUCUACCUCUUCCACGGCACGAAAGUCAGCACCAUGAAGCUAAUAGCAGAGAGUGGCUUCAACAUCAGCUUCAGCAGCCCUGCCAACCACUACGGGAGUGGAGUGUACACCGCUGAACUCAUUGGCAAAGCUGCUCAAUAUCCAAUCAACGUUACGGAGAAGGCAAUAAUAAUUGGCCGAGUUCUGAUGGGGAAAUCAUACCAUUGCCAAGAAAAGAAUUUUUCCCACACUUGUUUAAGAGAAAAGAACAACCAUCCAAAUGGCACCGUGCUCUCUGUAGUAUUUGACUGUGGCGAAUGUCCAGGCUCUUACGAGGACACCUUGAGGGAGUUUGCGGUCUUUGAAAACGAGCGCUUCUUCCCAGACUUUGCUGUUGUGUAUCACAACAAAGUUGCACCUAAAGUAACCAAUGGUAUCUAUGUAGCAGUGAUCUCUGUAUUAACCUUGCACAUUAGUCGCAAUCAUAUCCAGAGUUCCGGCUUGCUAGUGUAACUUUAAUAAAGAGUUUAUUUUUCUAAAGUCA